CUGACAGCUUUGCAGCAAGUAUGGUUGUAUCUGUGCAAUUAGUUAUUGUAUGAAGCACUAAUUAAACUGAAUAUUAUACUUGUUUUUGAUGAUCUGUGUAGUGAUCCAACUGGAGACCGGACUGACACUGGUACUCGCACCAUGGAUUCCCUUCGCAAUAAGUACUCUCUAUCGGAGAGGCUGAUACGCACCAUUUCCUCUAUUCGUUCUCUUCCUGGUGACAGUGUGGAGUCUUUGAUUCGCCGGGGUGCAGAUGUCAACUGUGCACACGACACCCUGAUGCCGCUGCAUUGCGCCUGCAUGGUGUGCGAUUUGGACUGCGUGGAGCUUCUGCUGGAGUACGGUGCUCAUGUGAAUUCUCAAGAUGGAUUCCAACGCACAGCUCUUCAUUACGCAGCGGAGAAGGAUGAAGCAUGUGUAGAGACCUUAUUGGAAUAUGGAGCCAACCCGAAUGCUCUUGAUGGGAACCAAGACACUCCCUUACAUUGGGCAGCUUUCAAAAACAUGUCGGGCUGUGUGCAGAUGCUCCUGGAGGGCGGAGCUAAAGUUAAUGCUCGAGACUACAACCAAGACACCCCACUGAGUUGGGCUGUUAUGAAGGGUAACCUGGAAAGUGCACGUUUGCUUUUGGACUACGGCGCACAGCCAGAUAGUGUCAACCUAAAAGGGCUAUACCCUGCAGGACGCCUAGUGGCACUGAUGGGCAGAGGGUUGGGGGGCGAGAAGGAGGAGCAGUGUCUGGACUUGCUGAUUCAAGCUAGUGGGCAUCUCCGGCUUCGAAAGCAGGGAGGAAUCCCAGCAGAGGCGUCCCGUGAUAAUCAGUUGUGCGAGCGACUGACCAGGCUGUGCUCAGACCCUGGCACAAUGAAGACACUGGCAAGGCGAGUAGUGAGAGACUGCUUAGGAGAGCGACUGCUGUCGCAGGUUGUGCCAGAACUGCCCAUUCCCAGGUCUAUUCAGGACUACAUACUUCUUAAAGAAUAGAUUUAAACAAUUACUGUGUGACAACCAGAGGUUACCCAAGCGGCCUUUACUCACCAUUUUUCUGCAAGCGGGGAGCAGAAUUCUCAUCUUCCCAUGAAAAUGAAAUCCUUAUAAUAUAUUUACUAAGCAUAUUAAAACCGUGUGCAUCUUUUAAUUAUGUUGCCCACUUUUCCUGUAAUUUAAUUGUAGUUCUUCGAGGUCUUCCUGCAGGAGCCAGGACAAUGACCCUGUAACAUGCUACACAGUAAGUGCGUAAAAUGCAGACAUUCAUUUAUAUCUUUCUAACUGGCUACAAGCAAUGAGCUUUAAAAAAAACAUAAUUACAAUAUUAAAAAUAUUUAUUUUGUAAGCAGAUCUUUUGCAGUUCAGUGAUUUAAUUGCUGCUGUCUAUAAAAAAAUGACUUUAAUGUCCCUUUAAGAUAUUUUUGUACCCACUUUUUUACAGUUUCUCUGUUUCCAUAAACUUAUUUCCAUUUUUCCCCCUUUUUGACUUUGGGCUGCCUCUACUUCUCUCACUUGAGUAGAUUUAUAAAUAUUAGUUGUUGACAAACAGAACAACCUGCACAAUCUGAUCUGGCCCUUUUGUUAGGCUGCUCUGUUGUAAUAAGUGAUGUUGUGUUAUAGGUUGGUCAUUUUGUGCCGUCCCACAAGGAGCAGAGGCUUUUGCCAGGGCUAACGGUGUAGGGUAGCAGGGAUAACGUGUUUGCAACUUUCUAACAAACCUGUUCAGUUCAUGGUUUAACAAUAAAUUAAAAAAAAAAAUUUUUUAAUUUUA